AUGGACGGAAGCACAAGGACGAGCACUGAGACAGACGCAGAAGAACAGGCGCGGCUGCAACGGCAGUUCCGGUUGUUUCAGGAGGCGCUCCCUAAAGUGAGCGCUGCGGCAUACCAGAUGCUGCUGGGGGCGGUGGUACCGACGAGUGCGGCAGUGCAGCGGGAGCUGGAGGGGAAGGAGGUGCCGGCAGCCGCGCACCAGCAGCUGGCGCAGUUGGCGGAGGACGAGCGCGAGCGCGCGGAGGUGAGCGCGCGUGUAGGGCAGAUCGGGUUCCAGGUGGGUAGCAAGGUGACGGAGCUGCUGGUGUUCAGCAACAACCCAGGACUGCACUUCGGGCAGAUGGACCUACUGGGGGUGAUGAAGUUCAUCUGCCGGGAAGUGUGGAAGCACCUGUUUGGGAAGCAGAUCGAUAAUCUCAAGACGAACCAUCGGGGGACGUUCUACCUGUUCGACUACGACUACCAGCCCAUCCGCGAUUUUGCGCUGGAGGGCGAAGUGAGUGAGCGGGAGCUGCGCAUGGUUGAGCCGUACUUGCACUUACCGUGCGGGGUCAUCCGCGGGAUUCUAGCGUCGCUGGGCUUCGGCGAGGAGGACACGGUGAGCGUGACCGUCUCGUUUGUAGAGCUGCCGAAGGAGCGGGUGGCGACACCGCAUCAGUUCCCUCGGGGUGUCAACUUCAACGUGCAAAUUGCGGGCAAGUAG